GGACGAGACAGAGACCGUGUGCGCGAGAGAGAGCGCGCGCGCGGACCAAUGGCGGCAGCUGCCUCGUCAGCCCCUCCCCUGCUCGCCUUCUUGCCGCUCCUGCUGCUCCUCGCGGCCUUCUCGCCUGCCGCCACAGCCACAGCAGCGCGCUCCUCCAACCCCAAGGCGCCGUUCCCGGCAGUGAUUCCUCUGCACCUGCAGUCUCUCCGGCAGCAGCGGGCGCGCGCCGGCUCGUCCGCUGCCAAGCACGUCGCCGCCGCCGCCGCUGAUGGAGCCAGCGCCAGCGACGGCACGGCGGCGAAGCCGUUCACGGCGCACUACUUCCCGCAGGAGCUGGACCACUUCACCUUCACGCCCAACGCGUCCAUGCUCUUCUACCAGAAGUACCUCGUCAACGACACCUUCUGGCGGAGGCCCAGCGGCGGCAAAGGCGCCGCCGCCGGGCCGCUGUUCGUGUACACCGGCAACGAGGGCGACAUCGAGUGGUUCGCCACCAACACCGGGUUCAUGUUCGACAUCGCGCCCAAGUUCGGCGCCCUCCUCGUCUUCAUCGAGCAUCGGUUCUACGGGGAGUCGAAGCCGUUUGGGAACGACUCGUACAAGUCUGCCAAGACGCUGGGAUACCUGACGUCGACGCAGGCGCUCGCAGACUUCGCCGUCCUCAUCAGAAGCCUGAAGCACAACCUCUCCGCCGAGGACGCCCCGGUCGUCGUCUUCGGCGGCUCCUACGGCGGCAUGUUGGCUUCAUGGUUCAGGCUCAAGUACCCCCACGUCGCCAUUGGGGCCCUGGCGUCCUCCGCGCCAAUCCUGCAGUUCGACUACAUAACACCAUGGAGCAGCUUCUACGAUGCCGUCUCGCAAGACUACAAGUCUGAGAGUUUGAACUGCUUCAGCGUCAUCAAGGCAACCUGGGAUGUGCUGGAUGAGAGAGGGGCCAAUGACAAAGGGCUCCUGGAGCUCAGCAAACAGUUCAGAGCCUGCAAGACUGUGAAGUAUGCUGAUUCGAUCCAAAACUGGCUGUGGACAGCAUUCACCUACACUGCCAUGGUGGACUAUCCGACCCCGGCCAAUUUCCUGGAGAAUCUACCUGCCUACCCUGUCAAGGAGAUGUGCAAGAUCAUCGACGGGUACCCCACGAACACAGACAUUCUGGAAAAGGCAUUUGCAGCGGCGAGCUUGUACUACAAUUACACGGGAAACCUGACUUGCAAUCCGAUAGAGGGUGAAGAUGACCCGCAUGGCCUCGGUGGCUGGCAAUGGCAGGCUUGCACCGAGAUGAUCAUGCCAAUGACAGUCUCCAAUGAAAGCAUGUUCCCACCAUCAAGUUUCAGUUACGAUGAAAGGUCAGAAGAAUGCCUUGAGAGCUGGGGGGUUCGGCCGAGACCGCAUUGGGUUACUACUGAAUACGGUGGAUAUAAAAUUGAUAAGGUGCUCAAGAGAUUUGGGAGCAACAUUAUCUUCUCCAACGGAAUGCGAGAUCCGUGGAGUCGAGGCGGGGUGCUCAAGAACAUCUCAUCCAGCAUCAUUGCCCUUGUCACAGAGAAAGGGGCUCAUCAUUUGGACUUCAGAUCCGCAACAAAGGGUGAUCCUGACUGGGUUAUAGAACAAAGGAGACAAGAAGUUGAGAUCAUACAGGGAUGGAUAGAUCAGUAUCAUCAGGACAUGACUGAAAUAUACUACUGACUACUGAGAAAGUGCUAUUGCAGUUACAGCGAAGGAAAACAAGAAUUUGAUCCAUGGAAAACAAUAAAAGGAAAAGGAAAUUUUCCUUCUAACACAGGAUGAUCAACAGAGCAAAUUAAGAUAAUAUAAGGUGAAAAUUCAAUAAAAUUAUGUCACUGAGGAACAGAAACUGUUAAACUCAAAUGAUCUUACAUGAAUCAUGAAUGAAUGUUUCCUUCAUGAUCUGUUUCUAUU